GUUCUAAGUAGCACCAGUGCGAGGACACGAACCAUCACCGACGACGACUGAAUAUCCUUGUCACGCUGUAUGCCACUGAACCUAUUGAGCCGGACAAACACGACAGCCCCGGCAAGUAAUUAAGACUACGUCCGUCGGUACAAGUAAUCGACGCGAUGCCGCUUUGCGCAUGUCUUGUCAUCCCUGGGAUACCGGCGCAGCAGACGGCGACCGAUGUGCACAGACGAAACUUGGAGCGAUAAGGCUCGCCCAACGCUGUCCAUGCUUCACGCAACUCCUACAUGAACGUCAAGAUGCAACCAUGAGCGUCGUUUGUACAUGCCUAUCGCGUCUUCCGUCUCCCGGAAAUACACAAGCUUCUCACUGCGCUCUAUUUCGGACUUGAUGGCUCGUCAACCCCCUGCUGACUACUCGCGAGGUGACUGGCGGAGUCAGUUCCGCCCACAGUAUAUAACCUACGUGCGGUGGGACAUGUAGCCAACAGCAC